AUGGCUGAUCGAUCUGAGAAUCCGCCGCUCAAGGCGCAAUUCUUCGUCUCUCGCGAGGGUGGCAAGUACGUACCACUAGUCGCCAUGGACGAAAUGCCCCAUAUCAUCAUCAUCGAAGGCGUUCCGCGCAUCCUCGACAUCGAGCAGACUACCGGCAUGGUCAGUAUUGGCUACUACGAGUCACGUCACGUCCUCUUCGCUGGCGGUCUUGCCGAUGCUGGCUUCAAGCGUAACCUCGAUCUCCCUAAGAGCACCAAUUCACUCGAUGAGGACGAUAGCAACAACAAUCUCGCCACGAGUACCAACACAUUCAACAGAGGCAAUGAAGACACCACCACCACAAACAUCGACACACUCGCAAGAGGCAGUGAAGAGAACACAAUCACAGAGAGCGGCAUCCCAAUCAUCUACACAGGCGACAACUCCGUCACACGACAUAUCCUCAGUAAUACUGUACCUGCUAACUCCUCUCGUCCACUAUCUUCGAGUAUGCACGCUCUCACUGCCGUCCAGGCUUCGACGGGCAGCACUGCUACCAGUGCGAUGCAAGAUCUAGCCACACUCACCAUGCCUUGGAGACCCUCAGCCUCUCAGCGAGACCCGAUUGCCAGUUCACACCCUCACAUCACCCAAGCCACUCGCAGCACCUCAAUCAACCCUCCACUCCACCCUGCGAGCUCGUCCCCUCCAUCUUCCGCUGCCUCAACACCCAAAAAGACACACUGCUCCAAGUGGCUCGAGUCAGGACAAUGCAGUUAUGUUCAGGGCGCUGGAUGCAAGUUCAAGCACGUGAUGCCUCUUACUCUCGACGAGCUGUACAAGUUAGGCUGGCGCGACAUUCCUCAGUGGUAUCGAGAUGAACACGGCUUGCCCAGUCUGAUCGCUCCGAAAGGCUCUGAUGCGUCUAAGAGACGUGGUGAGAAGAAAGACGGCAUCCACGGUAAGAGCUGGCGUCCUACUCAGAAACAACACACCUCUCCUGGCAAGAACGGAGGAGGCCAGCGCGGAUGGAGUAACAACUCUUAUGGUAACGGUGGUGGAGGUAACGGCGGUGGAGGUAAAGGUGGUGGAGGCAAGGGUGGUGGAGGCAAAGGUGGUGGCAAAUACAAGCGUCCUGCUCCUGGCCAGGUUCAGUCUUGCAUGAAUGCCGUGACCGGCCGCCUUGCGCACCCAUACUACAACACCGACUCUUCAGAUGCCCGAUCUACCGAUACCUCCGCGACUUCUCCUCCCACCAGCGACAGCGAAGACUUCGGAAUGGGUAGCUCGAAGAACCCCAGCAAUAACCCGAUCCUAUCCCUCCCGGAUGGUCAGAACACUCCACGAGGAGCUCCUCGACGCAUGGUCGAGGUGGAAGAUGACGAGAAGACUCCGACUAAGGUCGCCGAGACGAAGAGAGACGAGAAGGCUAUUAACACACGGAUCCUGGAGUUGGACGAGGUCGACAAGACUCCAGCUGGUAUGGGUGGUGCUAGGAAGGAUGGCACGGAUGGGAAGCAGGCGGGCUCUGAGGACGAGGACGGGAUCUCCUGGAAGCUGCAUGAGAACAAUCCGACUGGCUUCAAUGGUCAGCACGAUUGA